ACCUCCUUUUCCUACCCUUUCGUCUCGUAAUAAUUCUGUAGGAUUGCUAGGGACUCAGUAAUGAUUUAUUAGGUGCAAUAAAUGUGUCCCUUCUAAUUAAAAACUUGCUUCGUUUUAAAUUUCUUCUUCAUGAUGUACAAAACAAAUUAAAAAAAAAUACUUUUCAAUAUGCAAGGAUAAGACUGUAAAUUCUAUUAAAAUUACUUGAUGUCCUAGAAUUCUCUAAAUCGUGAAAGACUUCACGAACCAAUUUUCUCCGUGCACAUGUGGAGUUAUUGUAUACAUAAACUUAUAAGAAAUUCUGGGUUCAUAUUUAUCUCUUGAUUUCUAAUUUUCAAACACUUCUAUAAUUUAAACAAUUCUGAGCGAUUUUACAAUUCGCUUUAAUAUAAUAUUUAAUCAAUUUUCCUAAACUCAAAUAUUUAAGCAAACAUUUCACUUUAAUCUUCAAAUCAGUUUGCACCCCUAUGGUAUAAGCCACAAACAACUUCAAGUAAAGGGUCCUUGAACUUAGCUGUUCUUUCUUGGAUAUUGCUUUACAUUACCAUAAAAGUAAGGGAAACGGCUUAGUUGUGAGAUAAGCUUAGUUGUGAGACAGUCGAUUUUCUCUGUCGAAGCCAGUGUUUGUACCCAUACAGAAGUGUAUAGACGCAUCAUUGCAUCAGUUGCGAAUAUUGUGUGCAAAAAUAGAGUCAAAAAACUUUUUUUGAUUUUUUGCAAAGUGCCAUUUUUUCGAGUGAAUCAAUUGAAAGAGCAAUACCAACUCCAAAAAGGACAACUAAAACCCAACGAAGGGAUUAUAAUGCGCUGCUUUCAGCCAUUAAAAGUUGUUUUUUUAGAAAAUAAAAGCAUGCAAUCGGCUAUCCGAAAACAUGGCAUUGAUAAUUAUUGAAGGACAACCAUACGUUUCAUUUAUCCGUGGAUGCACUAGAUAUUGCGACCCUCCACAUUGUAGCCAUAGGUUGCAGCCGCUAGAUUUGUUGGUAUUCGGCCCUACAAAGGAUUACUACAAGUCUCAAUGCUCCGCGUGGAAAACAAACAAUGCCAACAAGGUUUCGGAAAUACGGCAGAUUUCUGGGCUUGUGUGUGCAACAUUGGAUUUGGCGUUAACGCCAAAAACAAUCAAAUCGGGCUUCGCUGCAAUGGGCAUUUCUCCAUUCAAUCCCGAUAUCUUCACUGAAGUUGAUUUUGUCCAAGGCGUUGAACAAAAUGCUGAACCAGUUGCGGUUGACGCUGAUCUCGACGAAGAUAAACAGCGGCGUAUUAUUUUUGAUCAGACUAAUAUCGGUCGGCAGGAAGAAAUGGUCACAUCUGAACCGUCACCAUCUGAAACAUCCACAUCUGGAUCGGAAUCAGUUAUGUCAGCUGCCACCACUUUUUCACCGAUUUUAGAUAAAAUUGGCCCCUUGCAAGUCAUCGCUACAACACAAAAAAACCGUAGAAACGUGGCCGAAAGACGAAGGAAAGUAGCGAUCUGACUUCUCCAAAAAAACAUUGCUGUUUUGAAGAAGAAAGCAGCAGCAAAGAAAGCAGCACCAGCGAAGAGACUAGCACCGAAGAAGCCAACACCAAAGAAGGCAAAACCACCAGCCAAGCGUGCCAAAGCAAAACCAUCACCCCCAUCGGAUGAAGAUGCAAACUUUUGCACCAUUUGUUUAAAGUUUUUGCUGACCACAUUGACCGCUUUUAACUCUAUCAAAUGCAUUUCGUGUGAGCGGCCGUUUCAUUUGAGAUGUGCAAAUACGCGUGCAAGUUUCUACACUUGCAAACGUUGUGAUAGCGAUUUUGAUUUAGAAGAUGAUAAUGAACAAUGAAAAGUGCCAGUUAUGAAAAUAAUUAUUUUCUACUGAAAGCCUUCAGAAUAAAUAAAAAUUCAUAUUUUCAAAUA